UAAACUUCGAACCAGAGUAUUAAUGUUUAUUUUAAACUAAACGCUGAAUGUGUACGUGUUUAAAAUCGAAUCAUGUGCGAAUUGUAAAUUGUUUUGUUUUUUCAAGACAUAAAAUGUAGGUAUGAAAUAAACUUUUAACAUCAAAACAGAUAGAGGUGGUGUUCUGUUGUUUAUUUGGAAUCAAAAUAAACGUUUUAUGUGAUGUACCGUUAUAGAUUUAACUCACGCAAAUAUGAAGAUUCUUUUGAAAAAAAUUACGUAGGAUUACAACAAUCUAAAUAAAUCACGCAAAAAUGAAUAACACUAACAUAACUUACUGUGAUUUGGAGCAAUUCAGCAAAAACUUUAAGAGCUACCAUAUGUACCUCAGCUUAUUCGUGUGCAUUUUCGGAUCGAUUCUGAAUAUCCUCAACAUAUUUAUUCUAAGUACCAAGCAGAUGAGAUGUCCCACUAAUUGUAUCUUAACGAGCUUAGCUGUGGCCGAUGUUCUGGUGAUGUUAGAAUACAUUCCUUUCGCAUACUUACACGAUAAAAGCACGACUUCCUCUCACUACUUCACUUAUAACUUCGCAGCGUUUAUUAUUUUCCACGCCCUCUUCACCCAGUCCUUCCACUUUAUCUCUUGUUGCAUUACGAUCAUUCUCGCUGUAUGGAGAUAUAUCGCUGUGAAAUUUCCUCAGAACAAUUCAAAGUGGUGUAGUAACGAGAGAACGAAGGCGACAAUUCUCCUAACGUACAUACUAUGCCCUUUCAUCUGCAUACCGUUGUUUCUAUCUAUAGACAUCACGAAGAUGAAUGCUUUCAUAAGCAGCGAAGGUAAAGUGAUUUUCAAGCCAAAAGUAAACCAAACGGAUUUAAAGAAUGCUACUAUUUACUUCGCAAACUACAAACAGAACACUAUCCUUAAAGAUAUCAGUUUCUACGUUUACGGUGUCAUCAUAAAACUAGUGCCGUGUAUUCUAUUAACUGUCCUAUCCACGCUGCUUAUUAUCGAACUGUUAGCUGCUAAGGAGAGGAGGAAGAAGUUGCUGAAUCCGACCGCAGAUAACGGAGUGGUGAAGAAGAAAGUUCAACAGAGGCAUUUGGACAGAGAAAAACAAGCGGAUAGGACAACGAAGAUGCUGUUGGCGGUGCUCCUGCUCUUCUUGAUGGUGGAGUUCCCACAGGCUAUCUUCGGGCUGCUCAAUCACAUCGUCGGGGAAAAAUUCGACAGGGAAUGUUACCAGCCUUUAGGUGACCUUCUGGACAUUUUCACCCUAACGAAUUCGGCUAUCAACUUCAUAUUAUACUGCAUCAUGUCCCAAAAAUUCCGAGAAGUGUUUAAAGCAAACUUUUUCCCAUACAUACCGUGUUUCAAGAAGAUGAAGAACCAGUGGAUCUCCCUCCAGACUGUCAAUACUCUCGUGGAGAUCUGAUUCCUUGAAAUGCGUUACGUUUGUGUACGAUACAUGAAUUGCAAUUAAUUUUAACAGGGUAAAAAUGUUAAUGUACUAUUAAUGUAAUGUCGAUUAGGAAAUGAAAGCGCGGCACAAUAUGCGUGUGAGCCCCGCAUAUUUGUGUGGUGGGAACGCUUUGUUCUUAAUGUAUUUGUAAUAAAAAUCUUGUUGUGAACAUUAAUUAAUGAUUUGAAAAAAUU